CUGUAAUGGAAAAUAGGCUAAACGGAAAAGGGAAUAUAGACUAAAUGCGAAAUUUUGAGUUUAGAAAUAAAUGCUUAUCGUCUGUAUUUCAAGUUGGUUAUGGAAGGAACGACUGUUGAAACUGAUUUACCGAUGGAAGCAGUCGACGAUGAUGAAAUGCCGGACUUGGUAGAAACAAUCCCUAUACAUUUUACUGCCUUGGCUGACCGGAUGGAAGACAAAGACAUCAUCCCAUUGACAGAAGAGAGAUUUAGCGUGGUACGAAAGCGGAAAAGAAACCGUAAAGACAUUGAACUGGUAUCAGAAGAAUCUGAAAUUAAUGUUGCAGAACAAACACACCACAAGAAACAUAAGAAUAUAACAAAUACUGAGAUUCGUAAAGUUCCAGUGCCACCACAUCGCUAUUCACCACUAAAAGAACACUGGACGAAAAUUGUUUUGCCGGUCGUCAAGCAGUUACAUCUGCAGAUAAGAUUCAACCUGAAAUCACGAAAUGUGGAAAUUCGUACAUCGAAUGAGACUGAGGAUCUUACACAUUUGCAAAAGGCUGAGGAUUUCGUCCGUGCUUUUGUUUUGGGUUUCGAUGUUGAUGAUGCGGUGGCGCUGAUCAGGCUGGAUCAUUUAUUCUUAGAAAGUUUCGAAAUUAAUGAUGUUAAGCCACUGAAAGGAGAGCACUUGUCACGUGCUAUCGGACGAAUUGCUGGAAAAGACGGGCGGACCAAAUUUACGAUUGAAAACAUAACUAAGACUCGUAUUGUGCUCGCCAACAGCAAAAUUCAUUUACUUGGUGCUUACCAAAAUAUUCGGAUAGCCAGGAAUGCAAUCUCUUCUUUGAUCAUGGGUAGUCCACCAUCAAAAGUAUAUGGUAAUUUACGAAAUCUUGCAAAUCGAGCAAGUGAACGCUUGUGAUUUCUGCUUUACCUCUGCUUUGUUUCCUUCAAUUUACCAUGUGAAAGUUUAUUGAACUGAAUUGGUUAAAAAAAUCGCGAAACUGAGUUUUUGAAUUCUGAAACAGGGAACGACAUCAUCAACAG